AUGCAAUUAUACGGACUUGUUUUCAUUAUAGAGGGUCAACAAAACCCUGUUCCCUUGCAAAAUGUUUCUGUUGAGUCGAACAUUGUUGAUAUGAUAGCAGAAACAACGGUUUGCCAGACAUAUAAAAAUGUUGAAAAAGAUUCUAUUGAAGCCAUUUACAAAUUUCCACUUCAUGAAGCAGCAGCAGUAUGUGGAUUUGAAGCUGAAAUUGAUGGAAAGAAAAAAGUUAAAGGAAUAGUUAAAGAAGCAAAACAGGCCGCAAAAGAAUAUAGUGAGGCUAUUGAGCAAGGUCAUGGAGCUUAUCUCGUUGAACAACAACUUCCUGAUAUUUUCCAAUGCUCAGUUGGUAAUAUUACAGCUGGUCAAACGAUUGUAAUUAAAAUCACAUAUGUAGCCGAACUAAAACAUGAUGCUGAAUCUGAAAAAGUUCGAUUUGUUUUCCCUACUGCCAUCGCUCCAAGAUAUGGUUCAUCUGAUUAUACAAUUGCAAAUGAUGGAAAAAAACUUGUUCCUGAUAAAGUAUCUUAUUCAGAAAAGACUGACUAUCAUUUAGAUCUUAUUAUUACAUGUAGAAUGACUUCUGUUAUUCAAAGCGUCGAAUCACCAUCUCAUCAUAUUUCAACAGAAUUAAAUAUUGAUGGUAAUCCAAAUGUUUCAAAAAUUACUCUAGCUGAACAAAUUACUUAUUUAGAAAAAGAUUUUAUACUUAAUAUUAAUAAAUCCAAUGAUAAUAGAUCUGGUUCAAUGGAAGGUGGGCCUAUUAAGAAGGCAUCUGAAGCACUCCAAUUACUUCUUC